AUGGAAGGAACUCAUUUAUCUUUAAGUUCUGAUGAUACUUACGAUGCUGACAUGAUUGAUAGGAGAACAUUUGUUGGUGAAUCUUAUGAUAAUGAUAUUUUUAAUCGAUAUUUUAGAAAAAAAGAUCUCAAAAAAUUAUAUAAGCUUUUUUUGAAGCAAGUUAUACCCUUCACUAAGAAAAUUAUGGACACCGCUCAUCAUCCAGAUGACGAAAGAUUAUACAAUGAACUAAAUGGUCACUUUUUUGUCAUCAUUGAUCCAUUUAUUCAAGACAUAAUUGAUGGCGAUUGCAAGUUUUUUGUUGGCAGUAACGAUAAUAUUCCUGAAAGAUAUUGUAUUCGUGGACGCAUUCGGCAAACACUUUCAUGGUAUUUGACCUGGUCUAGAGAAAAUAAUGAUAAUUGGAGUAUUGAUAGGAAUUUAAUUGAAUCUAAUACUACAGAUUCUGCAACUAUUAAUGAUACAAAUAAUAUAUUAUUUUCAUCAAUUGCUAUACAAACUGAAUCUAUUGUUAAUACAGUUGCUACACAAACUGAAUCUAUUGUUAAUACAGUUGCUACACAAACUGAAUUUAUUGUUAAUACAGUUGCUACUCAAACUGAAGUUAUUAUCUUACAAUCUGAUGAAAUUCAAGUAAAUCAAACAAAUAAAACAAAUUCAAAAGUUCAGUUACUUAAUUUAUUUAAUCAAAUUACUCAAAUACUUACUUAUAACCAAAAGUACAAUUCAAAGUUAUUAGAAAUACAGCAAACAUUUUUAAAUUAUAUUAUACAAACAGAUUAUAAUGAAUUGUUAUUAGCUUUUUCUUUAAUACAGACUAUGCGAUAUAAAAAAGAUCAAAAUAUUGGUAAAAUUUUUUCAAAAUAUUUACAACAAAAAGCAGUAGAUUAUAUAGAAAAUUCUUUUUAUCAAACAGAACAUGAUGUUAAUAAAUAUAGAAUAAAGGUAAACGAAGUUGAGGCGGCUGUUAGAGUAGGGAAUAAGGAAUUGAGAGCAUUAAGAAAGGGAAAUUUGCU